CGCGGUGUGACCAUUCUAACCGGCUCGAAUCAUUCCGUUAUCGAUUUCAAUUUGUGUUUAUUCGAUUUAUCGUCAGCAUGGAGUUCACAACGCUGCACAGUGUGGACACCGAAUACUCUGCGGAUACGGUGGAAUGGUGCACUACACAGGAUGAACAGCAUGCAGAGUACUUUGCCUGCGGCACCUAUCAGCUAAUCGAGGCCGAAGCCGAAUCGCAAACGCAACGUUCACGCAAAGGACGCAUAUAUUUGUUUGCUUUCGAUCGACAAUGCGGCGAACUCAACAAACUGCAGAGCACAGAAACUGCUGCCAUACUGGACAUGAAAUGGCUGCCUGCUUGGACAAAGAACACUGGUCCACUGUUGGCCACCGUCAAUGCGUUGGGUCAGCUGGAGAUAUACGAAUUGCUGCACCACGAGCGUCGCCUGGUGCCUCGUGCCAGCUGUGGACUGGGAACCAAGACAGCUGAAGAUGUGCCUGCUUUGGCGUUGGCGCUGGAUUGGCAGCGUAAGGCUGAUGAGGAUGUCGUGGAAUUACUUGUCUCCGAUUCGCUGGGCAAUGUGCAUCGACUGCACUACACAUCGCAGGAUGAACUGCGACAUCAAGACCACUGGCAUGCCCACGACUUUGAGGCUUGGACCUGCGCGUUUGAUCGCUGGACGCGUGGUGUUGUGUACAGCGGUGGCGAUGAUUGCCUGUUGCAUGCCCACGAUUUGCGCGUGGAGCCAACGGAACGCAUCUGGACGAAUCGAGCACAUGAUGCUGGCGUUACAGCCUUGCUCAGUCAUCCACUGCACGAGCAUCUGCUGCUCACAGGCAGCUAUGAUGAGCGAUUGCGUGUGUUCGACACGCGCGCCAUGAAACGCACGAUUGCCGAGCUGAAUUUGAAUGGAGGGAUUUGGCGUCUGAAGGCGCAUCCCAAGCGCAACGAUCUAAUAUUGGCCGCCUGCAUGUACACCAAUUUUAGUGUGGUCGAUUUGGCUGCCGCCGGCGGCGACAAUUUGAGUGCAAACCCCAAACUGCUGGGAACUUAUCUGGAGCACAAAAGCAUUUGUUAUGGCGCCGAUUGGGCACCAUUUAUCGAUAGCAAUGUAUCAGAGGACACUGGAUCGAGACUGCACAUGGCCACGUGCUCCUUUUAUGAUCACAAACUGUGUCUUAGCCGAGUGGACGCAAAUAUUUAGUUAAUUUAUUUUUAAUGGUUUAUCAAAUAAACGCUUAGCAGCGUGUAAAUUGUUUGUCUACAAAGUAAAACAGGCUUGGUUUCUGGUUUAAUUUUGUAAAUACAUUUUUAGUAAAACUGUAGUCAAAUGUAUGACAUUUUUAUUAAUUAUUGCAAGACAAUAUACAAAUUUUGAAAAAUGCAAUUGUUAUUGCAAAAUUUGUUGAACAAAACCCUAAACAACGUUGAAUUCAUAUUGUCAGUCUAUGCUUUGUGUUGCAUUUGGUAUUUUCACGGUUAUCAGUCAUAGUUUUCUCUUAAUUUGCAAAACUGCACAGAUUAAAUUUUAUUUAUUUAUUUGAAGUGCGUUUUACUCCGUUAAAAUGAUCAUUUUACAUAUGUAUAAUCGGCAAAACGUUGUGCUCUAUCGAUAACAGUGUUUAUGCACAAAUUCAGUAUAUUUUUGGGCCCAAGCCAUAAAACGGUUAUCGCCGCUUGUUAUCGUCAUCGUUUGCAGCGCGACCAAUUUGCCAAUUGUUUUGAUUUUGUUUUUUAACGCGUUCACCAUGUCUGUGGAAAAACAGAGAAAAAGGCUAAACAAUCAGCUCGCCAACAUGCUGACAACACUUGACACCAUCAGUUGCCGUAUGCAGGACACAGCCGACGAAUCGAGAAGGCAACAAACAGCGGCUGCGUCGUUGAUACAGCGUCUCCCCGAAUUGAAAGAGGAACUGCCCCAAACAGAAGUCAAGCAUCAAUCACUGCAAAAACAAAUGUCUGCGUUGGCAAACAAUGACGAACAGCUACUGGAAAUAUUUAUGCAAAGUAUCCACAAGCUGGGAUGUAAUUUGUACAUAAGUUGCGACUCCGCCGAUGAACGAACGCUCUACAGAAUCGACUUCACAACAAAUCGCUAUUUGGUGUUCGGCGUUGAGAAUGGUCAGCUGUCGUUGCUGCAAAUAUCGCCAGCGCAUCCAAACUUCGACAACAUCAAGGAGUUUUUCAGUGAAUCGCAGGAUUUAAUCGGUUUACUUGGAAGUUUUGGCAGUGCACAAUAACGAACCAUAAAUAAUUUAGCAUUUUUAUAUUAUUGACGAAAUAUAUUAGGUAGUUAAUAUACACAACAAUAAAGGUAGUUUUUACCGCUACCGAGAAAUUACAAUAUACACAACAAUAAAGGUAGUUUUUACCGCUACCGAGAAAUUACAAAUGAAAAGACUUGUUUGGGCAUCAUCAAUUAUGUUUUUAUCUCGUUAUUAUUCGCAAAAAAUAUAAAAGGCAUUGCUUUCGUAUAUAUUUGCUAUAUAUAUAUAUGUAUAUGUACUAUAUAUUUUAGGUAUCACACGCUUGUAUCAUUUUCAUUUUUCUAUUUGCAACAAAUAUUCUUCAACCAUCAUCAUCAUCUCUUCCAGCUGCUCUAAAUAAUGUUGACUGUCACUCUACCCCAGCUUCGCUACCACUUUUCCAGUUUCAGUUCCAUCUUCUACGGUGUCACCACAUUCUGUAUCCAGUUGAGGGCGCCGCGAAUGCGACGCAAGCG